CUGGGUCGGACACUGCUCGGAGCCGCGGGCGGGAGGCCUGACGGACCGACGGACGGACGGGAGCGACGGCGGGCGAGCAAGAUGGCGCAGACUCAGGGCACCCGGAGGAAAGUCUGUUACUACUACGACGGGUUAUUGUGAGAUUCCAGUAAGAAAAUGAAUGUGAAGUGUCAUGUGUAAGAGGGGAUGUUGGAAAUUACUAUUAUGGACAAGGCCACCCAAUGAAACCUCACCGAAUCCGCAUGACUCAUAAUUUGCUACUUAACUAUGGUCUCUACCGAAAAAUGGAAAUCUAUCGUCCUCACAAAGCCAAUGCUGAGGAGAUGACCAAGUAUCACAGCGAUGAUUACAUAAAAUUCUUGCGCUCCAUCCGCCCAGAUAACAUGUCUGAAUACAGCAAGCAGAUGCAGAGAUUCAACGUUGGUGAAGACUGUCCGGUGUUUGAUGGCCUGUUUGAGUUCUGUCAGUUGUCUACCGGUGGCUCCGUGGCAAGUGCUGUGAAACUUAAUAAGCAGCAGACGGACAUCGCUGUGAAUUGGGCUGGGGGCCUGCACCAUGCAAAGAAGUCUGAGGCAUCUGGCUUCUGUUACGUCAAUGAUAUCGUCUUGGCCAUCCUGGAACUGCUAAAGUAUCACCAGAGGGUGCUGUAUAUUGACAUUGAUAUUCACCAUGGCGAUGGCGUGGAAGAGGCCUUCUAUACCACAGACCGGGUCAUGACUGUGUCCUUCCAUAAAUAUGGAGAAUACUUCCCAGGGACUGGGGAUCUACGGGAUAUUGGGGCUGGCAAAGGCAAGUAUUAUGCUGUUAACUACCCGCUUCGAGAUGGGAUUGAUGACGAGUCCUAUGAGGCCAUUUUCAAGCCGGUCAUAUCCAAAGUAAUGGAGAUGUUUCAACCCAGUGCAGUCGUCUUACAGUGUGGCUCUGACUCCCUGUCUGGGGAUCGGUUAGGUUGUUUCAAUCUGACCAUCAAAGGGCAUGCCAAGUGCGUGGAAUUUGUGAAGAGUUUUAACCUGCCUAUGCUGAUGCUGGGAGGAGGUGGCUAUACCAUUCGUAAUGUUGCCCGAUGCUGGACGUACGAAACAGCCGUCGCCCUAGACACAGAGAUUCCUAAUGAGCUUCCAUACAACGACUACUUUGAAUACUUUGGGCCAGAUUUCAAACUUCACAUCAGUCCUUCCAAUAUGACUAACCAGAACACAAACGAGUACCUGGAGAAGAUCAAACAGCGACUGUUUGAGAACCUGCGAAUGCUGCCCCAUGCACCUGGGGUCCAAAUGCAGGCGAUUCCUGAGGACGCCAUUCCAGAGGAGAGUGGUGAUGAGGAGGAGGAAGACCCUGACAAGCGCAUCUCGAUCUGUUCCUCUGACAAACGAAUUGCCUGUGAGGAAGAGUUCUCUGAUUCUGAUGAGGAGGGAGAAGGUGGUCGCAAGAACUCUUCCAACUUCAAAAAAGCCAAGAGAGUCAAAACUGAGGAUGAAAAAGAGAAAGACCCAGAAGAGAAGAAAGAAGUCACAGAGGAGGAGAAAACCAAGGAGGACAAGCAAGAAGCCAAAGGGGUUAAAGAGGAGGUCAAAUUGGCCUGAGCAGUCCUCUCCAGUUCUGGCUUCUUGCAAAGUGCCCGACCUUUUCUCCUGUAACUCCUCAGAUUUUAUAUUUUCUAUUUCUGUGUAUUUAUAUAAAAAUAUAUUAAAUAUAAAUAUCCCCAGGGACUAGACAGGAACCAGGGCCGUGAGCCAGGGCACACGUGCUGGGUGAGCUUUUCUAAUAGCUGCCCUGCCAUCCUACCCCAAUUCGUAAUUUUCAGCCAUAAAGGGUGCCAGUUCUGGGUGGAAGGGAUUCGAUUCCCUUAAACAUCCAUAGGACAAAAUUCCAAGAUGCCAAAUUUCUGCGUAGUGGCUUUGGAAAGGUGCCCAUAUUGAGCAUUCUAGGAAUGGCUGGGUCUUCAGGAACCCCUGUUCUUUACAGGCACCUUAAGGUAACCUCAGCCACAUUAGAUUGGUUCUGUUAUACCUUCCCACUGGCCCCCAGUGAGUUUCACUUAAACUCACUAUCUGACCUCCGACCCCUCUCACUCCCCCAUUCUGCAGGUGGGAAUUGGUAGUUUCCUUUUUGAGAUACUAUUUUCGGGGACUUUUUUUGUGUGUGAGAACCUUUGUAAUAAAAUGGUACAUUUCUAUACCCUCCUGAGCUCA